AUGGAACCUGCAACUCUUCGCCGAAAUACCCAUCGCGGGACUUACGACAUUGCAUCGGCAAAAGCGGUUUUUGACGAUUGCUUCAUCGCUCAUGUUUCAUAUAUCGAUAAAGGUCUUCCCCAAUGCCUGCCCAUGGUCGCCUUGGUCAGGAAGGAAGUAGAUGAAACCGCGGAGGACUCCGCGGAAAACGAGCAGGGCUUGUCGGACGGAGGGGAGGAAAAGCAAGAAAACACCGUUGUCUACUUGCAUGGCCAUCCAAGCACUCGAAUAAUAGAAUUGGUCCGAGAGGCGAGUCGAGAAACCGAAGAUGUGACCGAUCAAGCCGAGGGGGCCUCGGGUAGGGCAUUGGAUCCCGUCAAAGUUUGCAUCACAGCCACCAAAGUUGAUGGUCUGGCGUUGUCAUCUGCCCCAAAUGGCCAUACAUUUAACUACCGCUCCGCGGUCAUUCAUGGAACCUGCACGCCGGUCAAGAGCAAGGCCGUCAAGCGCACGGUAAUACGCUCCGUUACCAACCAUAUUGUAGCCAAUCGAUGGGAAGAAGUCAAUCCCGUGGCAUCCUUCCAGAUCAGCUUGGUCUACGUGAUCAAAGUGAGCAUUGAUAGCUUGUCCGUCAAGACUCGCACCGGUCCACCCGGCAUACAGCCCCGAAACAAGGAGGUGGACGGACCGGACAACGAAACCCCGCCCUGGGCAGGCGUUAUCCCGUUGUGGGAACAAUUGGGGGAACCGGUAGAUAGUGGGCUAACCCCCGGAGCGAAGGUCUCGGAGAACCUGAAGGCAUACAUCGAAAGCAGAAACGAGCGACACCAAGCAUACUCAAAGCGUGUAGCAAGCGAAUAA